GGGAGGGGGGGGGGGGGGGGGCAAGAAGGACGUGGCGAGCAUAAGGUGAACAAAAGAGCCAUACCUAUAGUAUGCUUAUCGCUCUUCGAGGUCCUCACCAUGGCUUUCUUCCUCCUCCUCCUCCGCAACAUGCGCGCUCCCCGGCACGUCUCCCACGUAGGUCAGGUGAGACUCAAUCCUCAACGGGUCCGAAAAGAGUCUCCGUAUUUUAAGCCGCUUGUCACAUGUCCGCUAGACAUUGACCACCAGUUCCCAACGUCUGGUUUCCGUCGUUUAGCUCCCACGCCUACAAAAAACUUCAAACCUCCCACCAACACGAGAGCCGCGAACACGACAACAGCAGCAAACAAGUCUCUCGCCGGGGGUUAG